UUCUCCAAAUUUCCCCCUUUUCCAAGGUAUUCUGAAAUUUCUGAAAUUAAAGGCUAAAUCUUUUUGGGUGUUUUGGUUGGAAUUGAUCCGAUGUCUAUGAUAAAAUGAGCCCGUGGUUCAAAUUUUGUGUGCAUUGGACUAGAUUUGGUAAGCUUUUCAAGAUUUCUCGUGUUGCUCGGCCUGCAGUGUUUGGGUUUUGCUUGCAUUGGACGGUCGGUAUUUCUCUGGUUCUCGAUCGGUGCAGCUAUUUCUCUCGUAUUCCUGUUUGUCACCCACUGGUUUCGGAUUUCUUUGCGCUGAUUUUUUCCUGCAGUUUCUCUGAUCUGUUCUUCAGUUGACCUCUGCUUCUGCGAUCCUUUUCUGUUCUGUACUUUCUCUUUACUACAGCAGCAAGCCGAGAGGUUUCAGAUCGGAGUAGUUUCUGCGACAGCCGCAGCAGGUGAACAAAUGGCUGGAUUUCACAACCUGACAAUCGAAUGGGUGAUCCGCAUCGUGAUCGCUGUCAGGCUCGGAGCUCACAUCUCCCUCGCCCUCUUGGCCGGGAUCCGCCGGCAUAAAGCGACCGGCUUCCUGACGAUCGUCCUCUGGCUGGCGUACCAGGUGGCCAACUGGGCCGCGCCGUUCGUCCUCAGCAACCUGUCCCUCGGCAGCACGCCGCGGGAGCAGCAGCUGGUCGCGUUCUGGCUGCCGUGCCUCGUGGCGCAUCUCGGCGGCCCCGACAACAUCACCGCCUACUCCUUGGAGGAUAAUAAGACCUUCUUGCGCCAGUUCGUAAGCACCGCGUCGUAACUCCUGGCAAUCUCGUUUGCGGUAUACAGGGAGGUAAAGAUCCUCGGCGGGGAAGGGACCCUGUUCUGGGCGUCUUUGGUGAUGGUUGGUGUUGGUGUUUGCAAGUAUCUCGAGAGAUUUUGGGCGCUUUCGAAAGCCGACUUUGGCAACAUCCGCAGCUCAAGCAAGAACAGGUCAG